AUGAAUAUCAACUCCAUCCAAGACAACAUUUUCGAAAAUCCUUUAGACACACUUUUGUUGCCGUUGAACAACGACAUUCCCGCUGGUCUUUUAAAACACUUUUGCUCGACGUUGAACACGCCGGAACAGAUCUCCAAAAACACUGAAAUGAUCUUUUCGUUUUACAUUGAGCACGAGAAGAUUAAAGAUCUGAUUGAUUAUUUGAUUGAUCGUGAGAUUGAGGAGUGUUUCCGAACGCCGAGUUCUAUCUUCCGUCGGAACUCGAUAUUCACUCGAAUCAUUCGAGUUUUCCUCGACAACGAACUGAAAUUGUUUUUGAAAGAGAUAGUAGCGAUCGUUCAGAAGUUCAUGAAGCAGAUCAAAUUCAAGUUAGUCAUCGGUAACGUCUUAAGUCCCGAUGUCGACAAAUCCGUCGAGAAGAUGGCCCAGAUCAUUGAAGCUGUUCUUCAACACAUUGUCGAGUGCAAAACCUUUCCGCCGGGGUUCACGUAUUUCAUGUCGAAAGUGUCUCAAGAGCUUCACAAGAGAACUCCUUCGGUUGAGUUGUCAGCGCUGAAGAAUUUGAUAUUUUUGCGAACGAUCAAUUCUGCGUUAGUCCAUUCGCAAUCGAAAAGCCAACAAGACGGUGACUCAAUGAAAACGUUAUCUGUUGCUUUCCAAUGGUUUGUAGGGGACUCCGGAGACAACGGGAUCUCCCCAUCACAAAAUUGGAAACAACUGUUGAUGGAAAAGAUGAAGGGAUUAAGAGAACAAGUCGACACGUGGUUAACGUCCCUCAGAGAUUUACAAUUGGAUCAACCAGUCGAAUUGGUUUGGGUGACACCUGGCGCGUCAAAUGAAUUGCUCCAACGCGUGAAAAACGAAUGGAAAGACGUGUUGGAAUUUUUAUCAAGCGAAAGUCAGGGGUUGAUGGAACUCCACUUCGACUCACAACCAGACACUAAACGAAAAUACACAAAACUGUUGAACGAACUCGACGCAUACUCAAAUGGAAUUGUCAAGGAACACUCGGAAUUAUUAAUGCUCAUGACCGCACUCACUAUGCAAAUUAAAGAUCUUAAGGCUGAGGUAAAGUACUUGAAAAAGGUGUUGGUCGAAAAGGACAAGUCACUCACCUAUUUGCUUGAACAAGAACAACACUAA